GGUGCUUUUUGGACCUUCAAAGUUUCGGUCACCAUUCACUUGCAUUGUGAGGACCUACAGAGCUGAAAUAUUCUUCUAAAAAUCUUAAUUUGUGUUCUGCUGAAGAAAGAAAUUCAUACACAUCUGGGAUGGCAUGAGGGUGAGUAAGUGAUAUGAGAAUUUUCAUUUUUGGGUGAACUAUUCCUUUAACACAUAAAUAGAAGUUCAUUCGUCUAAAACUGUAGUCCUGCUGUCAAAAGUAUGUUUGAGACAAUUUUACAGCUCAGAUAACACGCAUUUGGAUGGACUGGACUGUUCAGACACCGGGAGUGAUCAUAAAGUCCUGUGUGUGUUCACUUCAACCCAUGAUAAAGAAUAAAGUCGUGUUUAAAGGAGAAACUCAGCUCCCGGAGCGUCUGAUCAGGGGAUGGAGGCGCACAGUUCGGGGCUCAGCAGGAAGAGGAAGAGAGUGGAGUUGAAUGGAGAGAUAAAAGAUGGAGAGUGUGUCCAAAAAAUACCACUAAGGACUUUGGGCCUGAGAGAUCCUGCACCAUUCGCUGAUGAGGUGGAGGCUGCAAAAACACCAUAUGUUCGCGUUAGCAUGGAAGAGGCUCAGCGUGGAACUCCAGAGGACCGUCCAGUGCGUGUCUAUGCAGAUGGGAUUUUUGACAUGUUCCAUUCAGGACACGCUCGUGCUUUGAUGCAGGCCAAGUGCCUUUUCCCCAACACACAUCUCAUCGUAGGUGUGUGCAGUGAUGAUUUGACAUAUAAAUUUAAGGGCUUCACUGUAAUGAACGAGGACGAACGUUACGAUGCAGUGAGUCACUGUCGUUAUGUUGAUGAGGUGGUCCGGAACGCUCCGUGGACACUGACACCUGAAUUUCUGGCCGAGCACAGAAUAGACUUUGUCGCCCAUGAUGACAUACCAUACAUCUCAGCAGGAAGUGAUGAUGUUUACAAACAUAUAAAGGAGGCAGGCAUGUUUGCGCCAACCGAGAGAACAGAGGGCAUCUCCACAUCUGACAUAAUCACACGCAUCGUGCGCGACUAUGAUGUUUACGUGAGACGAAACCUGCAGAGAGGCUACACUGCCAAAGAGCUGAAUGUCAGCUUCAUCAAUGAGAAGAAGUAUCACCUGCAGGAGCAUGUAGAUAAGGUGAAGCAGAAGGUGCGGGAUGUGGAGGAGAAGAGUAAAGAGUUUGUGCAGAAGGUGGAGGAGAAGAGCAUCGACCUCAUUCUGAAAUGGGAGGAGAAGUCACGAGAGUUCAUCGGGAACUUUUUGGAGAUGUUUGGUCCGGACGGGGCACUAAAGCACAUGCUGAAAGAGGGAAAAGGACGGAUGUUACAAGCCAUCAGUCCCAGACAAAGCCCCAGCAGCAGUCCCGUACGCGAGGAGCGCUCUCCUUCCCCCACCUUCCGUCUUCCCUUCUUCACCAAAACCUCUUCACCGUCUUUUCCUCCUGUUCACCACAGCAGUGCACACUUCAAAAAAAGACAGUCAUACACAUCUGGGACGGCAUGAGGAUUCACAGAACCACAUCUGCCUGUAAACAAACCAUUGCAGGUCAUUCUUUAAGACAGUCUGGAGUUGAUCACCAAACAGAGAUGGGUUCACUGCGGUGGAGGUCAGAGUGGUAUCAAGCCCUGGAGUUAUAGCAAGU